GUCAAAUGAAAGUUGACAAGUGACGUCAUGUAUGGUCAUUAUGUCGUAAUUUGAUAAUAAAGCAUGUCUCUACUGAAUAUUCUGAUAUUUUAUGCAUUGCAUUUAUUUACUGUGUAUUGCAGCAUUAAUUAAUUCAAACUUACAAUUCAAUAUGGCGAGUAAUUUGUCUCUCACUGGCAGUAAUGCGUCUGUGGACAAGAGGCGGGAUAAUGCAAGCCAGACAGAAGUCAGAAAAAUAGACGGAAAUACAGCUCGAACUCAGCAAGAUGCUAUGGAAAACAAUGACGAAAAAGACACGUUUUCAAAGUCAACAGCUAUUGAUGGGCCAAAAGGUGGCUCAAAAGUUCGUCAAAAACCUAAGCCAUCAACUGCCAGCAAACUUGAAGACCAGAUGAAUUUUGAACACCUAAAAAAGCUAGAAACAAUAUUUCAGGAAGCAGAUGCGGAUGAUGGUGGGGGACUUGACAUAGAUGAGUUCCGUGAAGCAAUGAAGAAAACCAUGGGGUCUGAGAUUGAUGAUAAAGAACUAGAAAUCCUCUUUAUGAAAGUCGAUACAAACUGUGAUGGAACUGUGGACUGGGAUGAAUACCUUUCAUACAUGCUGUUGGAAUAUCAAGAAAAAGACACCAUGACAAGUUUAAUUAAAGAGGUUCCAUUUCCGAAUCCACUUCGUGAGCUUCCUUCCAAUCAUAGAGACAACAUUAUCAGCAUAAAAUUCUUUCAAAACCUUUCCAACAAACAUGCUAACAAAGCCCUUGACCGCGACAACCCUGGUGGAAAGUAUCUGGUUUUAAGCAAAGAAGGCCAACUUGGAUUUUACAAUAUUGACUACGAGCUUCAGAAAACAAUAACGAUAGGUUCACCUUUUGAGAGUUGUGUGCCUCUGUGGCUCACAGACCUUACUGCGUGUCCAAAUGUUAACAUGGUGGCGAUCAGCUCAACAGAACGUGAAAUUAGUUUCUACGAUGUAAGUGCCAACAAGUUCGAUCGUCAGUUCCAACUUACAGGGUUCCGUGAUCCAGUAUUCUGCAUGAACUACUGGUUUGACCACGAAGACCUAAACAACUCCACUCUUGUAGUUGGAGAUGCUAAUGGUUCAGUUAUCGUGCUACGAUUUGUGGAAGCUACUAGAAAAGGACUGUUUGGUGUUUAUCCACAAAAAGGUGUUGUGCAAAAAGUUGCUUUAAUCAGUAUUUUAAAACAUCGAGUCUCAGGAGCUUACUGUUUAAUGUACCCGCACUUACAUUCCAAUUGGGUGAACAGCGCUCAAUACUUUCAACUUGCCCAAGGAUUAGAAUGCUUUAUAUCAUGCAGUAGCACAGAUGAUGACUCUAUGUACCUUGGUGACCUUAGCAACAUUACGUACAAAGCAAAAUGGCCGGGAUUUUCUAAACUACGAUCUAACAGAGGUUGUUUUUACAGAGUAAGAAAAGGAAUCUUAGCUUUGGAUUAUUCUAAAGAUUGGAAUAUUGUUGUUACUGGUAGCUUUGAUGGGGUUGUUCGAACAUGGAAUCCAUACAGUGCGAAACCUGCAUCCCUUAUUAAAGGCCAUCUCACACCUGUACAACAUGUUAGGAUAAUCCAAGGCAGUGGACAAGUUAUAACAUGUGGGAAAGAUAGGACAAUUAGGAUAAUAGAGCUUCGAGACCAUACCACAACGCAAGUGCUGGGUCCCAGAUCUUUUGUUAAAAUGGGUCCCACUUCACACACCAUCAACUGUAUUUUCUACCAAAAACGAUACAAGGCACUUCUUAUUGGUACCAUGCAGGUUGGAUUAUUUGAAGGAUUUGACGACAAUGAAAAAGUCGACCAACUCAACAUUAAAUCUCAUGAUGGACCAGUUAGUACAGUCUUGUAUAACAAGCUCUUCAACCAGGUUGUAACAGCUGGACAUGACUCUGUUCUCUCAGUGUGGGAUUUAAACACUGGAACCAAGGCCAUCCAAUUCCACACGAUUAAAGGCGUUGAACUGACAUGUAUGUGCUUUGACCAGACUGGUAGAAGGCUGAUCACGGGUUCAAGAAACGGUGCUGUCAAAAUAUGGAACUUUAACAAUGGUGCCUGUCUAAGGACCUUGUCUGGUGCAACUAACUAUGAAGUUACUGGACUUGUUUGUUUAAAGCAGAAAAUAAUAUCUGGAGGUUGGAACAAGAAACUUACAGUUUACAUAGAUUCACGAAACCAAGAUGAUGAAGACGACUUCCGUGAGUGGCAGGAGGCUCACAAGGAUGAUAUCCUCUGUCUUGCAUCCUUCCAACACAGCAACGGGGUUUCCAUAAUUGCUUCAUCUUCUUAUGAUGGUGACAUCUUUAUUUGGUCGCUCGAUUCUGGCCACAUACUGUGUCGAUUGAAUCGUAUGGAAAGUUACUCCCCACUAAGUAUUGAUGGAUUCAAAAUGAACAAAUCAGAGCCUUAUCGAAAUACUGACCAAGCCACCACCCCAAAUAUCAAGACUUGUUCAGACAGACAGCUUGAGUCUCCUCUUACCCAAAACAGCACUUCAACCAAACGUAGCAAUGCAAAUUUAUCCGCACCUAGCCAUGAGAAGAAUGUAAUGUCAUCGGAACUGUUACCACCUAUACAUCAGCCAUUUAAAUUGUGCUGUAGAAAUGAAAAAAAAGAAGUAGUAAAAGACAGGGAGCUUUCUCUUCCCAAAAUCAUUCAACCUUCUGCGCGCUCGACGAUAUCGACAGAGCACACUCGUCACCAGCUUGAUGUUAUAACAGGAGAAAAUACCCAGGAUUACUGGGCUGCGGAUGUUUCUAUUGAUAAGCUAAUAUUUCUACAAAGCCGGCCCCACACACCCCACGCUGCAACAUUGUUAUCGUCCGGGGCCAUGGGUUGGGUCCAUGCAUGGUCAGUUCACCCACAAGGGGGAUUACUGGGUCAAUUUGUUGCCGCACACCGUGAUGGUGAAUCCGUCUUAUCCAUGGCAACUGAUGAACAAAAUAAGAUUCUAAUUACUGGAGAUUCAAGUGGAUAUGUAACGAUUUGGGACAUUGAGACUUAUUGCUACAAAAAACCUGUCCAACAAAAACGAAGAGGUGCUGCAUUUGAUUUGCUCCAAAUACGGUUACAGCACGAUAAUCAGAUGACAGAAGAAAGUGUUAAAAUGUUAUCACAACGACGUAUGCUUAAACUAAACAUAAUCCCCCCAAAUGUUGUUCAAUAUUUUCGUGCCCACGUCGGGUCUGUGAAUGAUAUCAACUAUAUUGAUGAGAAAGAACUUUUCCUCACGUCUUGUUCUGAUGGUACUGUACGACUAUGGACUAUUGGUGGCAUGUAUAUAGGAACAUUUGGACAGAAACAUCAGUGGAACUUAAGUACACAAAGUCUUGGCCAAACCAGGAUGCCUGCUGAUAUAAAAAGAGUAGCAUCUGCUAACACUUUAAAGGUAUUCAAUGCUGGGUACAGUGCAUGGAGAUUAGCAAGAAAUGUUUUGAACUUUGUAGCUUUGCGUGGUCUUACGAAAGCAAUCACCCGUAUAACCACCGCUCAACCUUCUAUUGCUGAGGCCAAGAAGGAGGAAUACAGUGGGGUCAACUCGUUGUUUUUUAAUGAAGUCAAAACAGACGAAGAAAUUGAAAGAAAUUAUCAGCGAGCUGUGAAAAAAAUGGGGCAGAGUAAUGUGCUUGGGGGCUGGUACAAAGCAAAGAGAAGACACCGUGUUUUGCCGAAAAUAGAUCUAAAGCCUCAUCUGAACAAUUUUCGAGUUCAUUCUUCCAUUCCAUUUUCACCACUGCAAGUAACAGAAGAUGUUGCGGUUCCUGAAUUGCUGAAAGAGAAAUGGAGAAUGCAACGUGAAGUUCUGCAGAGUAUGGAGCAAGAAACCAAGUCACGCCCUGCCAAAUCUUCAGUGAAAGGAAUACUUUCUAAAAGUUGGGCUGCCAGAAAAAACAAAUCUUCACAAAUUUCGUUUUCAAACACUACCCAAAAAAUCAGCAAGGCUGUCAAAGUCUGGCUAUUGGUUUAAAAUGAACAAAACUCAAAU